AUGGCCACACAGACAACCAAGACUGUCCUCAGUCAGGAGGAUGACAGAGACCGUGCCACACAGACAACCAAGACUGUCCUCAGUCAGGAGGAUGACAGAGACCGUGCCACACAGACAACCAAGACUGUCCUCAGUCAGGAGAAUGACAGAGACCGUGCCACACAGACAACCAAGACUGUCCUCAGUCAGGAGGACGACGGAGACCGUGCCACACAGGCAAACAAGACUCUCCUCAGUCAUGAGGAUGAAGGAGACCGUGCCACACAGACAACUAAGACUGUCCUCAGUCAUGAGGAUGAAGGAGACCGUGCCACACAGACAACCAAGACUGUCCUCAGUCAGGAGGAUGACGGAGACCGUGCCACACAGACAACCAAGACUGUCCUCAGUCAGGAGGAGACCGUGCCACACAGACAACCAAGACUGUCCUCAGUCAGGAGGAUGAAGGAGACCGUGCCACACAGACAACCAAGACUGUCCUCAGUCAGGAGGAUGACGGAGACCGUGCCACACAGACAACCAAGACUGUCCUCAGUCAGGAGGAUGACGGAGACCGUGCCACACAGACAACCAAGACUGUCCUCAGCCAGGAGGAGACCGUGCCACACAGACAACCAAGACUGUCCUCAGUCAGGAGGAGACCGAGCCAUACAGACAACCAAGACUGUCCUCAGCCAGGAGGAGACCGUGCCACACAGACAACCAAGACUGUCCUCAGUCAGGAGGAUGAAGGAGACCGUGCCACACAGACAACCAAGACUGUCCUCAGUCAGGAGGACGACAGAGACCGUGCCACACAGACAACCAAGACUGUCCUCAGUCAGGAGGAUGAAGGAGGCCGAGGACGACGGAGACCGUGCCACUCAGACAACCAAGACUGUCCUCAGUCAGGAGGACGACGGAGACCGUGCCACACAGACAACCAAGACUGUCCUCAGUCAGGAGGAUGAAGGAGCCACACUGAGGUGGAGAUGGAUGGGUUGUCAAGUGCUGCCACGUCAGACGUGUGGGUUGUUCACACACACCAUUUACUAUAAGGACUAUCCUGGAGGACCGAAAGAGCUGGACAACAGCAUCAUGGGAGGAGAACUGUUCCUCACCGUCCUGCUGAACCCAAUCAGUGUGUUUAUGACCCACCUGUCGAACUACGGCAAUGAUCGUCUGGGUCUGUACACAUUCCUCCAACUGGCCGACUUCGUCUCUACCUGGACACACCUCCAGCUAGACACUCUACCUCCUCUGCAGCUGGCCCAGAGAUACUUCACCCUGUUCCCCCAGCAGAGACAGCCUCUCUGGCAGAACCCGUGUGAUGACAAGAGGCACAGAGAUAUAUGGUCCAAGGAGAAGACCUGUGAUAGGUUGCCCAAGUUUCUCGUCAUCGGACCUGAGAAGACAGGAACGACAGCUCUCUGUCUCCUCCUCCUGCUGCAUCCUUCCAUCUCUAGUAGCUUCCCCAAGACGUAUGGAGAGGUCCAGUUCUUCAACACUAACAACUACCACCAGGGAAUAGACUGGUAUAUGGAGUUGUUCCCGCUCCCGUCUAACGUCACCAGUGACUUCCUGUUUGAGAAGAGCUCCACCUACUUCCCCUCUGAAAACGCUCCUCGCCGCGCCGCAACCCUGCUGCCUAAAGCCAAGAUACUGACCGUGCUGACCAACCCCUCAGACAGGGCUUAUAGCUGGUACCAGGUACACAAGAUACUGACCGUGCUGACCAACCCCUCAGACAGGGCUUAUAGCUGGUACCAGGUACACAAGAUACUGACCGUGCUGACCAACCCCUCAGACAGGGCUUAUAGCUGGUACCAGGUACACAAGAUACUGACCGUGUGGACCAACCCCUCAGACAGGGCUUAUAGCUGGUACCAGGUACACAAGAUACUGACCGUGCGGACCAACCCCUCAGACAGGGCUUAUAGCUGGUACCAGGUACACAAGAUACUGACCGUGUGGACCAACCCCUCAGACAGGGCUUAUAGCUGGUACCAGGUACACAAGAUACUGACCGUGUGGACCAACCCCUCAGACAGGGCUUAUAGCUGGUACCAGGUACACAAGAUACUGACCGUGUGGACCAACCCCUCAGACAGGGCUUAUAGCUGGUACCAGGUACACAAGAUACUGACCGUGUGGACCAACCCCUCAGACAGGGCUUAUAGCUGGUACCAGGUACACAAGAUACUGACCGUGUGGACCAACCCCU